UCUCUCUAUAGCUCUUCAUGCUGCUCCUAGACGAUUUGUUUAUAAAAUAUAAACAAACAGGUUCGAUCGUCACCACUAUCUCUCUCUCUCUCUCUCUCUCAGAUUGGAGCAAUACACGGCUCUUGAAGUGAAGUUGGGUUCAGUCAGAAGGCAUUCGUCUAUCUAUUCUCAGAAGGCAAAGAAGAAUGGACAAUGGAGUGGAGGAAAGGCUUCUUGGAUUAGAAGAACAAGAGGAAAGUGAUAUCAAACAAAGGAUAUGGGUGGAAUUAAAACUAAUGUGGAGGAUAGCAUUUCCUUCCAUAUUGGCUAGAGUGACUGCUUUUGGAAUGAUAGUGGUGACACAAAGUUUUAUUGGACAUGUUGGUGAACUGGAUCUUGCUGCUUAUGCACUUGUACAAAGUAUCCUUCUACGAUUUUCAAAUGGGAUACUGUUGGGCAUGUCAAGUGCGACUGAGACAUUAUGUGGGCAAGCAUUUGGAGCAGGACAAUACCACAUGAUGGGUAUUUACUUGCAAAGAUCAUGGAUCGUUGAUUUUGUUUCAGCUACAAUUCUGGUCCCUCUCUUCGUCUUCACAACUCCCAUCUUCAGACUAUUUGGUGAGGAAGAAGAGAUAGCAGUAGAAUCCAGACCUAUAGGCUUAUGGAUGAUUCCAAUUCUCUAUUCCUUUGUUUUUUCCUUGACUCUCCAAAUGUUCUUACAAGCACAACUGAAGAACAUGAUUGUUGGAGUGUUAUCUGCUUUCUCGUUUGUUCUUCAUGUACUCCUGUCUUGGAUAUUCGUGAACAUACUUGACUUUGGUGUUGCUGGUGCCAUGGGUUCCUUCAACAUAUCGAGCUGGUUAAUGGUCUUCGGAGAGUUUGUUUAUGUCUUCGGAGGUUGGUGCCCAAAUACGUGGAAAGGAUUCAAAAAAGCUGCCUUCUACGAUAUAUGUCCUGUAAUAAAACUGUCAAUAUCCUCUGGCAUCAUGCUUUGUUUAGAGCUGUGGUACAAUUCUAUCCUAGUUCUGUUCGCUGGAUAUUUGAAAAACGCAACGGUGGCAAUCUCAGCUUUCUCCAUCUGCCUCAAUAUCUGUGCUUGGGAAUUUAUGAUAUGCCUCGGAUUCUUAGGUGCUGCAUGUGUGCGCGUAUCGAAUGAGCUCGGGAGAGGAAAUGCUAAAGCUGCAAAAUUUUCCAUCAAAGUUGUCCUUGGUGCAUCAGUUUGCAUUGGAGUGAUUUUUUUUGCCCUUUGUUUAGCUUUUGGGAAACAAAUUUCAUACUUGUUUACAAGUGAUGAAGCGAUUAGAGAAGAAGUUUCAAGUCUCUCUACUCUACUUGCUUUCUCAAUCUUACUAAAUAGUGUUCAACCAGUACUUUCAGGUGUGGCUACUGGUGCUGGUCUUCAAGGGACUGUUGCAUGGAUUAACGUUGGCUGCUAUUAUGUUUUUGGCGUACCCUUGGCAUUGUUGCUUGGUUAUGUGGCCGAUCUUCAAGUAAAGGGCUUAUGGAUUGGAUUGUUAGGCGGAGUGCUAAUGCAAACACUUGCGCUUUCCAUCCUCGUAUGGAGACUCGAUUGGGAUGGCCAGGUUAAGAAGGCAUCCGAGCGUCUCAAUAGGUGGUUUCUGGAUUCGUCAGAAGAGACUAAUUAGAUCUCGGACAUUAUUCAAAUUUCAUGCUUUUUUGGCUUAUUUUUCCCUCUUGCAUUCCAGAUAUUUUACUGUGUUUUAAGUACUUCUAGAUAAAUUAUUAUCCGUGCAUCUACUUCCAUGAAUCAAUUCAGAGGACAAAAGUUAAUAUUAGAAGAUCUUGAAGUUCGAAAUAACAUAUUACUGAAAUCUGUUUGUCACGGUGGGUGUUCAACAUCAUCAGGAAAAUUAUUAGUUUUAACUUUUAGGGCUUUAUCUCAUAGUGUGGACUAGAUUUGGAGCGAGCAUAUUCUUGUUUGUAUUCGUGAGAAUGUACUUGCUGAGCAAGAUAUUCAUUGAAUAAUGAAAUUUGGGAAUCUCAAUUA